AGCAGGAAAUCAAGCAAGUGGCAGAGCUCUUCCAGACAGAUGAGUACCACGGUCAAGUCUACUUUGCCCCUUUCUUGGUUCUGGAGAAUCUGGCCAGGAAACCCGCAAACACCCCAUAUCCCAUCAUCGGUCUGUGCCUGGUGACAUUGUGUGUCAGUCCAGAGGGGAGGGAUACUUUCUACCUUUGUCACAGUUGUGAGGAGAAGUGUGGCCCAGGACAGAUCAUAGACCACCUCCUCUCUGCUGACCACCUCUCCAACUACUAUAGCUACACAGACCCUGAUGUGUUGAGUUUCUCCUGGAUGCCUAACAUGGAUAUGUUGAACCUCCUACGGCCGCUAGCUGUCAAAGAGAUGGACAAGAAUGGACCUGGAGUGCUACGGGUGCUGGACAUGCCUAAGAGUGUGUCUGUGAAGUUGAAGACAAGUGGCUACUCUAAAGUCAUGCAGGCCCUGACUCAGACUGACAGGCUGGCUGAGUGUAUCAGAGCUGACAGACCAGAAAGGAUGACUAUACAAGAGUACCACAGAGACCCCAACAGGAAACACCCUCUGCUGGGUCUACAGCACCUGGUGGAGUACUGCUGUGAAGGGCAUGGCCAAAGGAGAUCCUACCUCUGUCAGCUCUGCCGCCUUCCUGUCCCCUCACGGAGGGUCAUCCAACACACACUCGGCUUCGACCACCUCUACUGGUACUUCAAGGUGUUUCACCCCUCCACCCUCCUGAUGAAGGACUGUUAUAAAGAGUACAGCUGCAGGUUCAUCGCCAUGAUCCUGGACCUGGCCAAUCAGGUGCAAGACAUCAGUCAGUCAGCCAAUAUGGAGAUACAGCAAGUUGUGUUGGAACCAGCAGUGUUCUCCUCAGUUGAGUUUUCUGUCUACACAGAGGCUCUGAGGAAGUUGCAGACCAUUAGGAGAGCUCGUAAGGAGGGCAGCCUUAAGACCAGCAUUAUACCUGGAGACAAACUGGUUCCUUCCUCAGAAGGGUCAAAUAUUACCAAAGAUGUUACCAUGACUAACGUUCCUGAAGCUGUUCCUAUGGAGACCAAGUCAAGCCCAGAGAAGACCUAUGUCACACCUACAGCUGUUGAGACUGUAGCUACAGCAAGUACUGUUCCAGUUGUUACCAAAGCUACUAGCCAGAGCGGGACCUGUCGACUGCACUGUCAGGACUGCAACGUGGUAUGUGAGUCUGUGUCGCAGUACAAGUUACAUGUGCGUCACUGGAAACACAAGGAGAUGCUAGGAGUUAUCUUUGAACCAGGGGACGAGGACAGUAAAGCCUGCAUCCCAUCCUUUACCUUGUAUGAGUACAUCCGGAGCUCAGAAAGAACUGAACCAAUUAUUGGUGUCUAUCUGUUGGUGAUGUGUUUGAGUACUGAGUGUUGGAAAACACCCUUCUACCUGUGUCACACCUGUCAGGAGAUAAUCCCUGCCAAUCUCGUCAUGACUCACCUCACCUCCACACUCCACCUUCGACGCACCCUGAUGUACCAGAGUCCGCAGUGUCUGCCAUUCGGGUGGGGGACAGAGAUGGGCCUGGAGGUCCUGAAGACUUUGGCCUGGGAGGAGGAGAGAGUCCGAGGAGAGAGAGACAAUGUACUGAAGGUGUUUGAUAUUCCUGACAGUGUUUUCCACAGCAUUAAGAUGUCCACCUACUCCUCCGCCAUGAAGAAACUCAAGAACUUCCAUCGUUAUCUAAAAGUUGACAGGCCGCUGACAUUUUCCGCCCAUCUAAAAAACAAAGACCGGAGGAUUCCUAUGCUGGGUCUGCAGUUCCUGGUUCAGUACAGUGUUACUAGGGCCGGGGCCUCGUCUCCAGGCUGGGGCUUCCUGUGUUUGUUGUGUGAGAGGAAGUUGUCAGACGGACUCAGCAUCGCUCACAUACACAGCUAUGAACAUGUCACCACGUUCCUGGAGCGUGCCCAUCCAGGCUCUGUGAAAGAGGUAGAGGAGUCUGAUAAGAGGAGCGAAAUACUGCUGGACCUGGCACAACAGGCUGAGAAAAUACAUGCCAUGGGGUGUCUACAGUUCAUGAUGUUGCAACGCUACAUCGGGGAGUCCGUCAUCUAUGAGAAAGCCUUAGUGAUCUUGAAGGCGAUCAAGAAGAGAGAGAACAUGGGAGACCUGAUGCCCAUGCUACCACUUGGCAAGAAACUGGUUCCCUCCAGUUCGAUCAGAGACCAGAGCCAGACUACCCCAGAACCUGCCCCUACAUCUGUAGGAGAGGAGAAACCGACCAGGAAAGAGACUGACAAAGACAAUGAGACCGAGAUGGACAGAGAGGCCACCCCAGAAACCAUUCAAAUGACCCAGGAGACUGGGGUGGAAGUGGAUAAACGCAUUGGCAAAGAAACCUGCAGUGACCCCAGUAAAGACACUGGCAGAGAGACCAGUAAAGAGGCUGGCAGAGAGACCAGUAAAGAGGCUGGCAGAGAGACCAGUAAAGAGGCUGGCAGAGAGACCAGUAAAGAGGCUGGCAGAGAGACCAGUAAAGAGGCUGGCAGAGAGACCAGUAAAGAGGCUGGCAGAGAGGCCAGUAAAGAGGCUGGCAGAGAGGCCAGUAAAGAGGCUGGCAGAGAGGCCAGUAAAGAGGCUGGCAGAGAGGCCAGUAAAGAGGCUGGCAGAGAGGCCAGUAAAGAGGCUGGCAGAGAGGCCAGUAAAGAGGCUGGCAGAGAGGCCAGUAAAGAGGCUGGCAGAGAGGCCAGUAAAGAGGCUGGCAGAGAGACCAGUAAAGAGGCUGGCAGAGAGACCAGUAAAGAGGCUGGCAGAGAGACCAGUAAAGAGGCUGGCAGAGAGACCAGUAAAGAGGCUGGCAGAGAGACCAGUAAAGAGGCUGGCAGUACAGAGGCUGGCAGUACAGAGGCUGGCAGUACAGAGGCUGGCAGUACAGAGGCUGGCAGUACAGAGGCUGGCAGUACAGACGCUGGCAGUACAGACGCUGGCAGAGAGACCAGUACAGACGCUGGCAGAGAGACCAGUACAGACGCUGGCAGAGAGACCAGUACAGACGCUGGCAGAGAGACCAGUACAGACGCUGGCAGAGAGACGAUAACAAAAGCCAGUCAAGAGACCAGAAAGGACAGCAGGAGCAGAGGGAAAGAUAAGGAGGCGGAAAAGAUAAUCAAGGAGAUGGAGACUGGCAAAAAAGAGACCAGUACAGAGACUGUCAAAAAGUUAGGUAGUAAGACUAGAAACAUGACAGUCCAUGAGACCAGCAAAGACACUGGGAAAAUGACCAGUACAGAGACUGUUAAGGAGACUGAGAGAGAGACCUGUAGAGCUGUUAGUAUAGUGGCCAGUAGAGCCAGCAAUAGAGAAACCAAAAAAAAGCCAGAGACUUGUAAAACACCUGAAAAGAAGACCAAUACUCAGACUGUGAAAGAAAAAACUAAAGUGACUCCUCCCCCCAUCUCCCCUCCAACCACUAAUCUGUGGGAUUUCCUGAAGAGGCAGAACCGAGAGGCUGUGAUUGGUCUGAGUGCACUCAUCGAGUGCCACAGUCACGGCCAGCCCCCCCUCUACCUCUGCCAGGUGUGUGGGUGUAAAGUCUUCCAGAACGCCAUCAUCGUCCAUGUAACCACAGACUGCCAUCGACUUUCCUACCUGAGGUCGCUGAAGACAGUGGUUGUCCCCAAAGGGAACCAGCUCCAUAAGAAGUUGAGGAGAGCUGCCUUGAAGCUGGAGAGGACCAUGGGAUAUGGAGAGGCUGAGGUAACGGAGUUGGAUGCACACACUUACAAUUUUGUUGCAGAAAGAUCCUUUGCCAUUGGCCUGAACAUUGUAAUGAAGGUCAUAAAUGGUGACCCUUCACCUGACCCCCGACUGUCGGUCAGCCCUAAACCCCCUGACACCUCACCCCAGGUCAGCCCUGACCCCUCACUCCAGGUGUCAGAGGUCAGCAACCCCACCCUGACCUCUACAGCUCUGUGGUCCUACCUGAAUGCCUCCACCAGGACACAGCCUGUCAUCGGUGUCAGUAUGUUGACAGAGUUGCCAGACAGACAUGGUGACUACUUCCUCUGCCGCUGCUGUUCUCACAGGAUGUUUACGUCAUCCCUCAUUGGACACCUAAUCUCUGCUCGACACCGCUACCACUACAUAAAACUAGUGUACCCUGAGCUGGCUGCUGAUUGGCCAGUGAGCCCAGAGCUGACGGUGAAGGCGGGGCCUCUUCAUGAGGAGCUGAGAGUGAGAGCUGCAGAACUGGAGGCACAGGAGGGACUAGGACAGCUCACGGUGGUAAAGAGAGAACCUGCUGCUCGAGACACAACCACUACCAAUACUGAAGAGACUGCCCAGCAGAGCCAGAACGGCUCACCUCCUCUCACUGUGAAAGAGGAACCGGUUGACUCCAUAGUACCGUCCCAGCCCCCUAGAGGAGAAAAGAGGAACAAGAGGAGGAGCAACCCUGUGGUUGGUGUGAACUUCCUGGUCCAGGUGUCUCACAGGAGAAGGAAACAGUACUACUGUCAGCUAUGUUCUGUCAGGAUGAAACACGCUAUUGCUGAUCACAUGACCAGCCUCAGCCACCGACACAACUAUGUGAGGUUGAAGUACCCUGGUUGGACCUCCAGCCCGGUAGAGAUGGAGAAGAAGCUGUUCAAAAUGGCCGUUCACCUGGAGAAGGUCGACAGAGACGCAGGAGUGGGCAUGCAGAAGGUAGAAGUGGAAGCUGAUGAGUACAAAGAGCUGUUGUCCUUUCCUGUGGAGGAAGGUGUCAGUAAACUGCAAGCCAUCAUCAGACGGCAACAAGAGCCAUGCGAUCUGAGACACACAGCUCCCUCGACCAAUCACAACCCAGAGGAUCUGAGACAGACAGCUCCCUUGUCCAAUCCCGAUGCAGCCCAAUGUCCAGCUCAAGGUAUGUGUGGGGCAGAGUCACGUGAGACCGAGGGAGUGUGUCCUCUCCCUGUCAGUCUAUCAGAGGAGGAGAAUGACCAGACACUCCUGGUUCAGAUCUCAAACCACGAACCCCUACAAGUACCUUCCCCGUUCCUCCAGGAUCAGCCAUCCCUUACUUCCAUCCCUCUCCCACUCUCUACACCUCACCCUAUCCCCCUCUCUUCCUCAAUCCCUCCCUCCCUCUCUCCCUCAAACCCCUUUUCUACCUCUCUUUCCACAGUUGUCCUAUCUACCUCACCCUCCCUCUCUUCCUCCAUACCAUCCCACACCCCCUCAUUGUCCACAGAGAAGACGAUACACCCCUCCCCUGUCUCUAUCCCUGUUCCUGCACCUCUCUCAGCUCUGAGGAGCUCAACACAUUUGAAGGACUGGGAGACUUCUCUGAGUCCAGAGUGGUGGGAGAGGAAGAGCCCAGAAUGCAGAGAGAUGCAGACGCUUCUGAAAUACUCGGACAGAGACGGACAGAUUGAAUACUCAGCGAGAGGCCGACAGACUGCAUGCACUGAGAGAAACCGACAGACUCAUCUAGAAUACUCUGAGAGAGAGAGACAGGCAGACUACUCAGAGAGAGACAGACGGGCAGACUACUCAGACAGAGACAGACGGGCGGACUACUCAGAGAGAGACAGACGGGCGGACUACUCAGAGAGAGACAGACGGGCGGACUACUCAGAGAGAGACAGACGGGCGGACUACUCAGAGAGAGACAGACGGGCGGACUACUCAGAGAGAGACAGACGGGCGGACUACUCCGAGGGAGGCAGACGAGCGGACUACUCCGAGGGAGGCAGACGAGCGGACUACUCCGAGGGAGGCAGACGAGCGGACUACUCCGAGGGAGGCAGACGAGCGGACUACUCCGAGGGAGGCAGACGAGCGGACUACUCCGAGGGAGGCAGACGGGCGGACUACUCCGAGGGAGGCAGACGGGCGGACUACUCCGAGGGAGGCAGACGGGCGGACUACUCCGAGGGAGGCAGACGUGCGGACUACUCCGAGGGAGGCAGACGUGCGGACUACUCCGAGGGAGGCAGACGUGCGGACUACUCCGAGGGAGGCAGACGGGCGGACUACUCCGAGGGAGGCAGACGGGCGGACUACUCCGAGGGAGGCAGACGGGCGGACUACUCCGAGGGAGGCAGACGGGCGGACUACUCCGAGGGAGGCAGACGGGCGGACUACUCCGAGGGAGGCAGACGGGCGGACUACUCCGAGGGAGGCAGACGGGCGGACUACUCCGAGGGAGGCAGACAGGCGGACUACUCCGAGGGAGGCAGACAGGCGGACUACUCCGAGGGAGGCAGACAGGCGGACUACUCCGAGGGAGGCAGACAGGCGGACUACUCCGAGGGAGGCAGACAGGCGGACUACUCCGAGGGAGGCAGACAGGCGGACUACUCUGAGGGAGAACUGGACGAAGACCAAGAACACACACAUCAUCACAGUGAACACACACAUCAUCACAGUGAACACACACAUCAUCACAGUGAACACACACAUCAGCACAGUGAACACACACAUCAGCACAGUGAACACACACACUUCGAGCAGGCCCCAGCAAGCUGGCUCAGUGUUCCACAGGUGUAUCUGCUGCCGGACACACCCGCAGCAAAGAGGGUUGUCGGCCCCAGCCACCUGUCCAAAUACCUGAAAGUGAAGGGCCUUCACAACACAGAACCGAUCAUAGGUCUGGGGAGUGUGGUGGAGUGUAGAGGUAUAUCCCAGGCUACGUUUUUCAUGUGUGUGAGCUGUGCUGAGACUCUCUCCAGUACACACAUCUGUGAACACAUCAUCAGCGCGCAACACCAGCAGUGCUACAUGUUUUCCCAGUAUAGUCCUAUGCGCUGUGAUUGGUUGAGAGAGCAGCAGCAGCCUCCGAGUCCACAGCUCCUCAGGAAGGUUGCUUCAGCACUGUCACAACUGGAGGUGGAUCUAGAUGCACAGGUGAUGCUGCUGGAUCAGAUGUGGUAUAACCUUGUGCAGUCAGCUCCAUUCUACGAAGCCAUGUACAUGCUGCAGGAACAGAAUCAGAAUGCCCUGUGUCUACACACAGCAAGCAGACAUCAGCUGUUUCCCCCAGUUGGUCCUGACCCAGCAACGGAGCAGGGCUUUGACCAGAACCACAGAGUGAUGGAUAAACUGACCAUGGAUCAGAUUGAGCCCCAUCACCUCCUGCAGACAGCAGAUACAGUGGCUGGUAAACUGACUGGAGAUCAGCUGGAGUCAGGCCAGUGCAUACAGACCGCAGACAGACGGCCAGAUAAUCAGAACCCGGAUCAGCCCCAGUGGAGCCAGAGCUCAGAGAGAACAGAGAUGGUCCCUGAGCCAAUAAGAGCCAAGACACCACAUAAUUCUGAGCCAAUCAGAGACCAGACACCACAGAACAUUGAGCCAAUCAGAGCCAAGACACCAAAGAAUUCUGACCCAAUAAAAUUCCAGACACCACAGAACACUGAGCCAAAAAGAGCCUGGAUGCCACAGAACUCCUCAGAACCACAUCUGGACCAAGACAACACAGUCAUUGUCAAACAGGAGCCUGUGGACCCCAAGGUGGAACCUCAGCUGCAUCCUCAUACCCAGCCUGAGGUGGACCCCUUAAAGGAUUCCCUGGAUGGACACAGAGUCCAGUUCUCCCCAGAUGUACAGAACCUGGCUGGUGUGUGUGAGGUGGAGUACCAGGGGACCGUCCUAGGACACAGCCAAGAGGUGACACGAAUAGGAGGGGCCACAGAGAACUCCCUUCACCCCACCAAGAACCUGAGAGACUCAGUCAACAACAGCCUGCCUUUGGUCGGUCUCAGUGCAAUGAUAGAGUGUUGCAGUGAGGGCCAGGUGUCCUUCUACCUGUGUGUGUCGUGUGGCAGCAAAAUUGAAAAAACUCUACUCAUCAGCCACGUCCUCAAAUACAGACACCGACAGCUGUACCUGACAAUGAGGUACCCGUGGUAUUUCCUUGGUGUGGUACCAGCCCGAGGGUUGGCAGAACAGUCCAGACUGAUGCAGAUUGCUAAGGAGGUGGAGGAGCAGAACCAUGAUGAGCCUGGCACGCUACAGGAGGUGAUUCUGGCCCCUGCUGACUUUGACGAGAUCAAACGGAUGCUCUUUGAUAAAGCUGUAUCCCGUUUGCAGGAGAUCUGUAGAGAGCAGAACCAGACUGAACUCCUCACCAUGGUCACCAGCAAACCUGAACCAAUAGUGGUCAAGCAGGAGAUUGUGGAGUGCCAGGUGGUCUCCCAUCAGGCCUUGGGGCAAUUCCUACCGCCACAGAGAUGUAGGAGAAACACGGGAAAACAUUGUUCUAACGUUGAGGGGUCAGAGGUGAGGGGUCAGCAGCAGGUGAAGAAGAGAAAGGUGUCUCGCCCCCCUGAGGGUCACACUGCCCCUGUCAUCUGUCUAUCAUCUCCUGAAGUCACCAAGUCUUCUGAAACACACACUGUUAACCAGACACACACCAUCACACCCUUACCCACACAAUCCAACACUAAGCCGAAACUCACAUACACACACUCCGACUCUCAAACUAAACUUAAACCUUCACGCACACACCCCAAACCCAGUUCAACAGCCCCAGAAUAUACUAGACCCAAACUCAUUCCCCAUUCUGCCACCAAGCCCUCCGGUAUCCCUGCCGACAGCCUGACUGUUGCCAAAGAGUCCUCUAGCAAGAAACCCACUCACACACUGUGCAAACCCACACACACACUAUCCAAUAGCCAGAAGCUCACUGUCAAACAUUCGGACAAAAUUGAGUCUCAGAAACAUACUGAAAAGGCUAAACCUACUCGCACACACAGUGAACGCACACACAGAAACCGCACACACACUCGCAAACACAGUGACCUCACACACACUGACAAAGCCAAAGACGGACACAGUGACAGGACCAAACGCACACACAGUGACCGCAAACACACUAAGAGACAUUCUGACCACUCACGCUCUCACACCCGCUCUAAGAGACAUAAUCGUAGCUCCAGCUGUUCCUCCAAAGCCUCCCCCAGAGCUAGUCCCUCUGAGCCCCCCCUGCUCUCCCCCUACUCCCCCGCUGCAUUCUCCCCCACCAGAGCCACUUCUGCGGCGAGCCUAAGCCAGGUCAAACCUAGCCAACCUUCCUGCCUAGUCAACAAACAACUACCCAAACAGUCCAGCCAACCAACCAAGAGACCUCCCAACCCAACCUCAGCAGUCAGACCCCUCCAGACCCAGGCCAACCCUCCCAACAACACCUCUUACCCCCACCUGCACCCAGAAAGAACCGGACCCAGGACCCCCCCACUCGGACCCAUGACCCCCCCACCCGGACCCAUGACCCCCCAACACCCGGCAAUCCCUCCCUGCCUCACUCCUCCACCUCCACCCCAGCCAGAUCCUGUCUACGCCUCUGGGGUUAAGAAGAAGACUUCCAUCGUAGACUGUGAUCAAUUUGUGGAAUACUUUGUCUCUUUGUUGCGCUCCCCCCACUUUCCUCCUGCCCUAACCACCCCAGAGAGUGCAGAGAGCGCUGAGGCUCAUACCAGGGCAACAGGCCCUAACCCUGGAGGGGAGAAGAUGAGGGCUGACUCGAAAGGUCAUGCCAUCGCCAUAGUGGCGGCAUUACCCAACCCGCUAAAAAGGAAGCUAUCCCUACAGGAACCCGAGGACAGAGACCCCUGGAACUACGAGAGCCGACAGUUCACUCCCAACUCCAAACCUAACCCCAACUUCAAACAUAACCCUGACUCCAAACCUAACCACAACUUCCAGAACCCUAACUCCAAACCUAACCACAACUUCCAAAACCCUAACUCCAAACCUAACCCCAACUUCCAGAACCCUAACUCUAACCCCAACUUCCAGAACCCUAACUCCAACUCUAACCCCAACUUCCAGAGUUAUACCCCCACUACCAAUGCCACACUAGCCCAGGGGGUUUACACUGGAGGGGUUACAGUUUCUUCUAGCCCUAACCCCACUGACCCACAGCCCCCAGAGAUUCUACCUGGUUACACCUACCCUGGUUACACCUAUGCUGGUUACACCUACCCUGGUUACACCUACCCUGGUUCAGGUUACGCUGGAGUUGUCAGUGUUAGUCAGUUCACUUCCAACUCCCCCAUUAACCCUAUCCCCAGCCCCAGUAACACACAGUCACAGCCACAGGCAAGGUGGUCUGGGGGCAACUGGGGAACAGGCUACCCAGGGGCAGGCUAUGUUACAACAGGUCUAGCUGGUACUUCCUACCCUGGAGCUGUCUCUUCUGGAAGUAGACCUGGCUACCCUGGAGUUCUGCUCUACCCAGAGAUGGGCUACUCAGACAUGGACUUCCGUGGACAGGCUUACCCUAGGUCUGGGAUUGGACUCGGCUCUACUGGGACUGUUAUGCCCCCAGGAAGCCUCUACUCUACCACACCAUCUCCAGCCAACCCCAGCUAUUUGGCAUUGACCCAGCCAUCACUUGACCCAGCCAGCUACUCCGCCUGGACUGCUACUGACACCGGGGUUGCCAUUGAAACCAGCACAGCAGAGUAUCUGCCACACCCUCAGUGAGGACCCCGCUGGCCUGGAUUUCCUUAACGUGAAGCACUGACUGCUGUACAAUCGCUGGACAUGGAGGAGACGUAUACACACACACAGAUUGAUAAAGUAAAAUUUUGUUACCGAAUGUCAGUUUUAAAAUGAACAUUCUUGGUUUUCCUCUAUUUUGUAUUACUUAAAGGUAACCCUCUUGCCAGAGCUUGAUCUGUCGCUGGUGGCUCAGCAGAAGUAGUUACAUCCCUGUGGGAGGGGCCUAAUCUUGUCAGAAUAAACUCCCAUCCAAUCACUUGAAAGCUGUUUAGUUUCAAUGACUACUGAUUGUGGCAUAAGAGGAGCAAACAAUAUUUUUUUAUGUUUACUACUAUUUUUUUACAUUUACUUUUUUAAAGAUACAAGACAGUAUAUUUUAAUUGCAAACCAAGCGAAUGUUAUACUCAAGCAAUGUUCACCAUUUAAAUAAGGCAUAAAAGAUUCAGUUGAUGUUGUUUUCUUGAAUGUGGAUUAUUAUGUUUAAUAUGAAUAUUAUUUUUGUAUCUUAUACGUUGGUAGCCCUUUACUCUCGUACCCGUAUACAGAUUUGGGGCACUAAUAAGCUCCUAAAUUGGAACGUAGUGGCUUUUCAGUAACAUGCUAUACAUGACGUCAGAGUUCUGGCUGUGUGCCUCACAGCGCUGUAUGGGUUUUGACUGACAGCCGUUCUGAACUUGAGCACCGUGCGCAACAAGAAGUUGCCCCUAUCCCUCCCGGUAACUGGCCAACUUUUGAAAUGUUUUUGUUGUCUGAGUGAGCAAAAUGCUAUAAAUUGAGAUGACUUGUAUUUUGAAACAUGAGAAUUUGAGUAUUAUAAUAAAUACCGCUUUGAUGUCAUACAAGCCAAACACCUGUGUCCAAAUGUGCACUUCACAUUUCCAAAUCAUAAAACUCAUGUUUACUACAGUAUAAACGUUUAGCACCACCAUGUUUGAUGUAGUUACAAGAUGACAUGGCAUCAUACCCUUGGUUGUUCUGAACAGAAAUAGCCUAUGUUUGUUUAUUGUGACAGAAACUAGAGGCUCCACACGCACCAAAUGCACUCAUGACUCCUUUCUAUGCGCCCCAACAUGACCAUCUGUUUCUCUGAAUUGCCUUGUGAAAGCCUAACACUGCAAUAUCCUAUUUUAUGACUCAUUUUGGCAAUAGAACGAGCUUUCAAAUCAUGCCCACCCUACCCACAUUGCGGUUUAUAAUGGACUGUUUUUGGAUUGUGUAAACAACAGCAGUAAUUCUGUGAAGACGGGAAUGCAGGGUUGUGUUCCAAAUGAAACUACAAGUGUUCUUGCUCUCGUUCCUCAACGGCACAGCUAGGAGAGCUCAAAAAAUACUUUCAAGUUGAAGACUUUUCUUUGAGUCAUAGAAGUGCAUUCAAAUGAUUUAGGAGAUGUGUGUGGCCACUUGGAGACACCAGUUUCCUUACUCAAACCCUUUUUAGUUUUAUGUUGCAUAUUUUCCAGGAAUAGUCUUGUCAUGUUACUGAAUGUAUCCAGAGUGUCAACAAAUGCUGUGGAAAAUACAUUAAAUGUCAAAUGCACAUAUAAUCAAGUGUAAUGUUUGGAAUCAGUCUGUUGGACUCACAUUAUCUCCAAACUUUUCCCUUUCAGUUGCUACCAUGGUUAUGCAUAUGCUUUUCAUAUUUCUUCUGUAAGAAACAUGUACAUUUAGCCCUAUCCAUAUAAGCCAAUAAAACAAUUCUAUGCCUCG